AUGGAUGACGAGAUGGAUGCUCUCUUUGACGAUCACCCGUCGCUAUCGGCAUCGCUGGAGGAUUUUGCCGCUUCCAAUAGACGAUCACCACUGCUUGAUUUGCCCUCGCAACACUCCGGGUUCAGAUCUGAGGAGUCAGAUGACGGCCGAUCUGUGCCCCAGGAGCGCUGGUCGCCUCCUGCUCUGAGACGUCCAGAUUCACUGGCGGGGAGCCAUUGGUACCGCCAUUCACCAUAUGAUCAUAUGCACAUGAAGCCAACACUCCAACCGCACAGCGCACCGCAAAGUCGAGAGCCGAGUCCUCAGUAUGAGGACGCAUCUGAAAUGCCGCCUCCACCGUCACCAGGCAAAGACCAAACAGACUUACUUGAUAUUUCCCUUGCGGCCAAUGUACCUCUACCUCCAGGCACAGACUCGCCUCUAAAAGGACGAUCUGUUUCCCCAGAACCAAAGGACCGGCUAUUGCGAUUCCAAUCAGAAGAACCGCAUUCAAACUAUGUGCGCUUUAAAGUUUCUGCUGAAGUGGCACAAAGAGAACCUAUACAAGCCGCUUGGAAUGCAAUCAGACUUCCAUUUGACCGAAUAUGUGCUACCUUGUUCAAUUCAAAGAUCAGUACAAUCGCAACACUCUUCGUUGCAUUUGUGGGGAUGAUUUUUUUGCGCUCGCUAUCUAUACCUUCGACUGCGCCGACGGUACCUAAUUUGAUGAAACUAUGUGCGUUUGCACGCAAUUUUGAACCAUUGAUUCAUUACUCUGAAAACGGCAUCCAGCAUAUUAACAGUCUUCAAGAAACGGGCAUUGCCGUUUGGGAUUUGGGCGAAUCUGUAAGAGGGAGUAACAUGACGAGUGCGCCGAUUAUAGUCACUCAAUUGGAUGAAUUAUCCGAUUCAUUGAAGACGCUUUCCCUCGAAUUGACCAGAUUCUUUUCUAAUGUGGACUCGGACAUUGAUUCGAUUCUGUUAGUCAUGGAUUGGGUCCGCCGUGAGCUUACAGUGAUAAACUCGCAACCACCGAGCAGUCUCCCCAGUGUCAUGAUCGACAACAUCCACAACAUGAUAUCCCAAGUUGUCAACCUCGAACAUGGCGCCGGAGAAGCAAUCGACAGUACACCCUCAUCAUCUUCCACAAGCAAUCAUAUCCCGGGCUCUCCGACCCUCCUCGGAACGGUAGUCACAACCGUCUUUGGCCCAACAUCAGCCCAUCGCACUCGCACAGCACUAAUGCGCACAUUCACCGAAUUCCUAAACGUGCUCGAAGAAUCCAUCAACAGCGAACUCACCCACUCCAAUGCCCUCGUCGCACUCUUUGAGUCCAUUGACCGCCAAUUCCUAAACUUGCAGCGCGUCGUCGUCCGCGAAUCAGAUACCCAAGAACGCGAAGAAGGCGAAAUGCUGAGUUCCCUCUGGACACGCGUCCUGGGUCCCAAUGCGGCGCUAGUUCGCAAAUAUGAAAAAAACAGAAAACUGCUCGCUGACGUCCGUCGGCGAACGGUUAAUAAUAAACAUCAACUCAUGGACCAUCAGGCGCGACUGCUGAAUCUUAAAGUUAACCUUGAGACAUUGAGGAGGAAACUUGUUAGUCCGCUUGUGCGACAGAAGAAUGAUUCGUUCAUGUCGGCUGGUAUUGCGAUUGAUACGACGAAUAGUGUCCUGGGUGCCAUUGAGGGUCAGAUCGAAAGUGUUGAGGAUACUUAUGAAUAUCUUCGAGGGCUGAGAGAGGCGCAAAAGGCGAAGCUUAUGGAUCUGGUGUAUGGGGCGAGCAGCACAAGAGUUACGGAUAAGUAUCUCGGUCUUGAGGAGACCACAGACGAUUAA